CUUCUGUGGCUUGCAUCGACGCGUAUAAAAUGCGAGGUGUAGAGCGGCGGGAGAGGCCCGACUGCAUACGCAGCGCGACCUGCCUCCAAGAUGUACUCUAUCUUGCUCGUCCUCGCCGCCGGUGCACUGAUCGCUGCCGCUGCGCCCUAUAGUCCGCCCGGGGGGCUUGAUGUGAACAACACCAACCCGAUCUACCAGCCCCUCAGUGACUUCGACUACCAGUCCCUCAACCUCGCGCUGCACCAGGAGUACAUCGAGCUCGACCUGUUUCACCAUGGCCUCGCGACGUUCUCCGUGGAAGACUUCGAAGAGGCCGGCUUGAACGCGGCGGACCGGUUCCUGAUUGAGUUCAUGGCGGACCAGGAGCUCGGCCAUGCCAUCAUGAUCAGCAACAUGCUCGGACCGAAGAAUGCCUCAAAGGAGUGCACCUACUCCUACCCAUUUCAGACGGUCCGACAGUUCGUCGAGUUCUGCGAAGCGGUCACACGCUUCGGCGAGUCUGGCACGUACGGUUUCAUCGAGCACCUCAACUCGCGCGCCGCAGCACAGCUGCUGCUCGAAGCAGUCACCACCGAGGCGCGCCAGCAGAUGGUGUUCCGCCAGUUCGAGGGCAUCUUUCCCAUGCCCUUCUGGUUCACACCCGCCGUGACGCAAAGCAUGCAGUGGACGCUGAUGGCGCCCUAUCUCACCGCGUGCCCCGCCAAGAACACCCGCAUCCAGUUUCAGAACUUUCCCGCACUGUACAUCGCUAACAACCCGAACAUCACUGAGGAAACGGGUUUCGCGCUGCCUGCGAUCACACGGAACCACAGCGCGUGGACCGCACCCGGCGAGCCGGUCUAUCUCAUCUGGGAGUCACCGGGCAAGGCGGUCGGCCCAAACAGCUCGUACAUUACGAACACCACCGCAGGCGAGCCGAAGUACGUCGCGUGGAUCUCGCAGCUCAAUACGACCUACACGCCAUUGACGAUCACCGGGGAGAACAAGGGCGUGACAUACCAACCGGGUGGAGAGAUAUACGGCAAACAUACGUUCUCGACGUACAACGGAACCAUAUUUGCGAUGGUCACGGACGACAAUCCGAUGAUCUCGCCUGCGAAUAUCUCCUUCCUCAACCAGCACGUUGUCGCGGGGCCCGCGCUCUACUUUUCCGGCUGAUCGUUGGCCCUUGUGCAUCGCUUCGGGCAAUAUGUAACGGAGACCGUAUCUGUAUGUAUGUGCUCGCCGUGUUUUUCCCCUCCAUCAAGAUU